AAAUUCUAAAUCCCGCCCACUAUGCUCUGCCCUCAGCCAAUCAGCGCGCUUCCUCCGGCUUCCGGGGAUUAGGAAAUUGGCCUCGUAACCUAGCAACUGCAGGUCCACCUAACGUGGUGUGGAUUACCGUUGAGUUUGGGGUGGCAAGUCUCUCAACAACGGCCACUUAUUUGUGACUGCCAGGUGCUCCCCCACCUCCACCCACGUUGCCAUAACAGCAGUACACAACGCUUGCCCCUCUUUCAAAACAGUCCUUCCCUCUUAGGACCAAGACCCUCUUCAGAAGCGCUUCUGGUUGAGCCGAACAAGGGUCUGCUCCCCUUUGCCAAAGACUGGGUGCGAUGGCUGAAGGCUGCGUCGCCCGUCAGGCUGGUGUCCCAGAGGAGGCAGGGAAAUGGGGCUCAGAGGGGUGGAAGAGUUAGAAGGCAUGCGAGGAAGAGGAGUUAAGGAUAGCAAGGGAGGAGAGCUGAGGGAUCAAGAGGGGAGAUUGGAAGAGGAGAUGGGAAGAACUGGGGAGAAGGGAGCCCAGGAAGCAGGGAGACCCAGCUGCUAGAGGAGAGCUGGGGGGUCACUAUGCAGGGCUCCUUUGAUGGGCGAGGCAGAUCCUGGGCAGCAAGUAUAAAGUGGAGGCUGGAAAUCACAAUGAAACAGUUGUUAACAGGGGUGAGAAAAGUGUGUAGUUGGGAAGAAGGCAAAGGCGAUGGUGUGAUGGGAGGGAUACCAGGAACUGACAGAGCUGAGAGCUGGUCCAUGAUGAGGAGACCUUCUUUCUCAGGAAAAGGACUGAGUGUGUCGACUCCAGAGUCUUCAGCAGAGAAGAAAGAUGUCAGAUGACGAGGAUCUGGAAGAAGACUUUGAGCCAGAUGAGGAUGAUCUUGAAAAAGAAGAUGACAGGGAUACAGAGGAGUGGGAGGAAUUCAGGAAAGACGGGGAAGAGCUCUCUGAGGAAUGGCUGCCCAACCCCCUCAGGGAAGAAAUGAUGAAGGAAGGACUUUCUUUGCUCUGUAAGACAGGCAAUGGACUGGCUCAUGCUUUUGUCAAGCUGGAGGUUAAAGACAGGGACCUGACGGACAUCUCCUUGCUAUGUACCUACAUCCAUCUGCGCUAUGUAGACGUUUCUGAGAACCACCUGACAGACUUGUCCCCUCUCAAUCACCUCACUCACCUACUCUGGCUCAAAGCUGAUGGCAACCAGCUCCGGAGCGCGCGGCUCAACGAGCUGCCCUACCUGCAGAUCGCCAGCUUCGCCUUCAACCACAUCACUGACACUGAGGGCAUCACUCAUCCUCGUCUGUGCAGCCUGGAUCUCAAAGGAAACCGAAUCCACCUAGUGACGGGUUUGGAUCCGCAAAAGCUGAGGAGCCUGCACACGCUGGAGCUUCGGGGGAAUCAGCUGAGCAGUACCCUGGGAAUCAACCUACCUAAGCUGAAGAGCCUCUUCUUGGCCCAGAAUCAGCUGAAGAAGGUGGAAGGCUUGGAGAACCUAAGCAAUCUCACAACCCUGCAUCUUCGAGACAACCAGAUUGAAACUCUGAGUGGCUUCUCCAAGGAAAUGAAAUCACUACAGUACCUCAACCUGAGGAGCAAUAUGGUGGCUGACCUGGGAGAGCUGGCCAAGCUUCAGGAACUGCCCAAGCUGCGAGCCUUGGUGCUGCUGGACAACCCGUGUGCAGAUGAAAAUGACUACCGCCAGGAGGCCCUGGUGCAGAUAGCACACCUUGAACGUCUGGACAAGGAGUUCUAUGAGGAUGAGGAUCGUGCGGAGGCCGAGGAGAUCCGUCACAGGAUGAAGGAGGAGCUGGAGACUGAGGCUUACCAGGACUUGGAAACGGAACAGCCACCAGAACAGCCACCGGACCAGCCACAAAUCUAGCAGCAGUUCUUGUCUCCAAAGAUGGAGGUCCAAGAUAUUGGCCCCCAAAAUGAGGAUGGCAGCGUGUGCUGGGGCACCUCUAACACACUGCUCACCCAGAGAAUGCCUGCUCUCGCCCCAGACCUGGGAAUUCUUCACAAGUUGCGCCCAUGCUCCGUGAGGGCCACCCAGGCAGUCACUGCAGGUGGGCCCCAGCUCCUCUUGGGGCCCCUGGAAAAAAGCCAACGGGGACAGGCUGAUGACUGGCUGGCAGAGGUGGCUGAGAGGAGCUGUGGAGGUGGCUGGGAUGUCGGGAACUCCUGGGUGAUUCAAUAA